GAAAUUUAUUUUUCAUACUUUUGCAACCUGGUGGCAACGCCAAGCUUUUAUCUUUAAACUAUCGAUAGCCGCCUGUCAGUUUUGACAGCUGUUUUAAGGUUAUACUGCCGUUGCAAUCGCUUCGCCAAUUCGUUCUCGGUUGGACAAUUACAUAACUUGAAGAAGAAACCAUGUCUCAGGCUCCCGUUCGCGUUUCCCCGUUGAUCAAGUUCGGAAGAUGGUCCUUGCUCCUGGUUGGCAUUGCCUAUGGUGCCGCCCACCAGAGCCGCCUCUCCAAGAAGGAGGAAAAGGUUCGUGAGAUCGAGGCGCAACAGAAGGUUAUUCGGGAUGCUAAGCUUGCCGAGGAGAAGAAGCGUAGCGCAGAGGCUGAGGCCCGUGCUCUGGCCGAGCUUUCGAAGCCAACUCCCAAGAAUUAGGAUUCCUAAGGAUGCAACAUCCUUAGUUUCCUUAGCUUAAAAACAAACAAAAACAACAUUUUCACACGAAGUUCGUUGUAAUGGCAGAGUCGGAGAAAGAUGCACAGCUGCCGGGGAACCGAUAGUGGAGCAACCAUCUAUCGGUCAUUACCGAUCGUUCUUGUGUUUUUCUUGGAAGCUUGUGCUAAACAGAUUAUUCGAAAUUAAAUGAUUGAAAAAAAACUACUAUGUAAA